AUAAAGUUGUUUUAUCUUCUGUGAUACAAGUAUGUGGCACCAUUUCAUCCAUUCGUCAGAUGUAGCCAUAGAUAAAUAUGUAGCGUUCUUGCUAUGAAAUUUACUUGUCGCUCGUCGCCGUCGGUAAAGUAAAACUUCAGGUUGUGAACUCUGCCUUCCAUCCAAUGAUUUAAUUGAGGUUAAACAACCGACGCAAAUCACAAUUGCAUAUUUACAUUUCAAAGGAAAUAAUGACUGGUGUUCAAGAAUUUUCCUGUAAGCUUUGCCUUAAAACUGUUAUCGUUAAAAGUUUUGAAGUAAUAGAAAACGUUAUUAGAGACAUUCUCGAUGUUCUUUUGUUAAAACUGGAAUUUGAUGAUGAGAGCAAAAAUGUUAUAUGUAAUGCUUGCAGAAGAAAAUUAUAUGCGGCAUUCGAAUUCAAGUCAUCGUGUCUGAAUACCGAUAGCACAAUUAUUCCACAUGUGGAUUGCGAAAAAAUGUUACAGCUCGACAUAAGGGAAGUAUACAGGAAGGAAAAGAGAAUCGAAUCAAUUUCAGAUAGUCAGGAAAUAUGUCGAUUGUGUAUGAACUUGGUAAAAAGUGAGUUUAGGUGCAUACGUAAAGAGGAACUCGAAGCUAUUCAGAAAUUGACUCCUGAAAUGAAUAUAAAUAUCAUCAAAGAUCCCGUUGUAUGUAAGGAAUGUUUUGAUUCCCUGUGCACCCACAACAAUUUCCUUAGAGAAUGCCUAGAAGUAGAGGAAAAAAUUAGAGGUGCUUAUGAUAAUUCACCCACAGAAAGUCGAAUAGAUACAUCACCGUCUGACAUAUUUGUUAAAACUGAAAACCUGGGCAAAGAAUUCAAUAUUAGCGAGAUGGAAAUGUCGAUCAAAACUGAAUGUGUCGACAUAAAAUCUGAAGAUGAGGGAGGAAGUGAUACGCCACUGCAGAACCUCGACAAUGAUCCAUCCGAGAAGAGUGAUUGUAAAGAUGCGGAAGUGGAUGGACGUAAAAAUGAGAAUGGAUCGGAAAACAAAUGUAAUGCGAAAACCAAGCGGGAGUGCAAGGUAUUGUACAAAUGCAAUAAACCUAUUUACCAAACUGGAUGCAAGAGCCAUUUUACAGCACGCUGUGCAAGACACGAGAACAAUUCGGAAGGAUAUAGAUGUCGAUCCUGUGAAUAUGAAACUGAGAAUAAGAAAUUACUUCAAAACCGUCAGUUGAGACAUAAAGACCCCUCAAAGUUCAAAAUGUACAGGUGUGAGGAUUGCAAUUAUGAAGCUAAAUACAAAAGUUUUAUCAAAAAGCACCAAGUGAAGCAUAAAGAUCCUUCGCAGGUUCAAAUGUACGGGUGUAAGGACUGCGAUUUCGAAACUAAGUACAAAGGCAAUAUCAAAAAGCACCAACUGAAACAUAGAGAGUCCCCAUAG